UUUUAAUGGUUUGAAAUAGUUCAUACAGUAAGUCUAAAAAGGUGUUACGCAACAAGUACUGCUCAUCAGCAUGUUACGUUUGUGACGCGAAAUUAAAGAGAAGGAUGUGCAAGAAAGGAAAACCUAUCCGGGAAGCCGCGCCCCAGUGAAGAUAUAACUGUUGAUGAUUGGGGCUUUUUGCUAUCUUUGGGCGGAGCUAUGAACUAAAGCCUUGUUGUGAUUGGACAGAAGGGACGUCAUUCUUUAAAAUCUUCUUUUGAUUGGUUGCAUUACAAGGGGAUUAACGCUUAAUUUACAAUGAACCGCAACUGAGAAGAAGUAGGAAUUACAACGUUUUCUUGCUUAUAAAUCUUUGUGUAAAGUCGAAUAUUUUUCCUCACACUUUUACGAUUGUCCGGCUCGAAAACUCUUAUCUUUGUCUAGUCUGGCAGAUCAGUUGUCCGUUAGUGGAAGUGUUUCAACCAGUGCUUUGAAUAAGGAAAUGAUCUCUUGCUAACGUUAUGUAGCAAGCUAAUCUCAUUUAUCUGUCGGAAAUUCAACUUUCAUUUCACAGUGUAACACAGCCCGACGGACAGGCAUGACCGAGUACAAACUUGUGGUGGUCGGUGCUGGAGGUGUGGGGAAGAGCGCUCUCACCAUCCAGCUGAUCCAGAACCACUUCGUGGACGAAUAUGAUCCCACUAUCGAGGACUCGUAUAGAAAACAGGUGGUGAUCGACGGGGAGACAUGUCUGCUGGACAUCCUGGACACUGCAGGUCAGGAGGAGUACAGCGCCAUGAGGGACCAGUAUAUGAGGACUGGAGAGGGCUUCCUCUGUGUGUUUGCCAUCAACAACUACAAGUCCUUCGAGGAUGUUCACCUUUACAGAGAGCAGAUCAAGCGGGUGAAGGACAGUGACAGUGUUCCCAUAGUGAUGGUGGGGAACAAGAGCGAUCUGAGCUCCCGCACGGUGGAGACGAGGCAGGCUCAGGAGCUGGCGCGGAGCUAUGGAGUGCCGUUCGUAGAGACUUCUGCUAAAACCAGACAGGGUGUGGAGGAAGCCUUCUAUUCACUAGUCCGGGAGAUCAGAAGAUACAAGGAGACCAACUGCAGCAGCAAAAAGAGCAAGAAGAACAAUCAGAGACGUUGCAUUAUACUAUAGCACACACACACAUAUGGCCACAGCCUCCCUGAGAGCACUUGUAUCGUACUGCCCGCCCGCCCUGACUCGCACACUGCCCCUCACCGUGGAGGCGUCAGCGAAGCAGACGUUGCAGAAUCGAUUUUCAUCGCUGCGACUGUCUCCACGGUCACCUUUUGUCAUUUUUUAAGUGUUCAUUUUAAUAGAACACAACAGCAGUAUAUUUUGUGUCUAUUGUUAGAGCAGCAGCUUCUUCUGUUUAAACCUUCAAACGGUGUUUCAGUCUCCCAGGUUCACUUACGUUCAAAUAUGUUCCACUUUGUUUCUUAAACAGGACGAGUUUGUGCCACUUUCAAAGUUUACUCAGGAAAUGCUUUUCUUUUUAAAUCAGGCACUGAGUAACCUGCUUACGGGCUUGUACACUUGCAUCAUAUUUAACAUUCUCAGUGUUUGUGGUUGCAGUUAAAAUUCAGUCUGCAGUUUGUUCCAGCACUUUUCUUCGCCACCUCAUCACCACAGCAUGUGACUUGUGAGAACAUUUAUGUGGUAUUACUGGCACGUGCUGAAGCCAGAGUUUGAGUUUUCUGAUCAUAUGCGAUGCUGGGUGGCUGGUUAAAAGAAAAAAAAAAGCAAGUUUUUGAUCAUUUGUCACUAAUGGUUUUCUAUUUUUGUAGAACGACUUGAUGCAUCCCUAGUGUAAAGCAAAUACAAUGCUGAAUGCACAGAAAAUAAAAAUCACAUCUUGAGUUGUA